AUGUUACUUGGUGAAAACUAUGGCACAGAGUUACUGAAUGUUGGCAGCUGUGGGUUACACAAAGUUCAUGAUGCUUGUAAAACAGCCAUGGUUGCAGCAGGCUGGGGAUUGGAGAAAGUGCUUAAAUCCAUGUAUAGAUUACUUGAAGACACUCCAGCCAGGCGUGAGGAUUAUUUCAAAACGUCUCAGUGUACACAAGCACCUUUGAAGUUUUGUGCCCAUAGAUGGCUUGAAAAUUCUAAAGUAGCACAGGGAGCUUUUGACAUAUUGCCGCAUUUUAAGAAGUUCUGUGACUCUGCAGCAAAAAAGGAAAUAACACAGCCACAAACAGAAUCUUUUGAAACUGUUAGAACAGCAGUCAACAACGACAUGUUUUUAUCUUCUAAGUUGGCAUUUUUUGUUUCUUUUAGUAAGCAGCUUGAGCCUUUCCUUCGGAAGUAUCAGACUGAUAAUCCAAUGGUUCCUUUCCUGUUUACAGAUUUACAUAAUCUUACCUUUGCUGUUUUAAGGCGAUUUGUAAAGAAGGAAAUUAUUGCUAAUCUUUCCAGUACAAGUGAUAUUUUGAAUUUUAGUGUGAAUGACCCCCAGAAUCAUGUCACUGGUCAUGCAGUAGAUAUUGGUUUUGUGGCAGAUUCAGUAAUUAAGGAUUUGAAGAGAGAGAGAAAAGUAACUGAUCUUCAAAUUCUGAAUUUCAAGAAUGAUUGUAAAUUAAUAAUGGUAGCAUUUAUGGAGAAAUUUUUGGCCAAAUCUCCACUGCAGUAUUUAUUAGUGAAAGAUUUGGCCUGUCUUGAUCCAAGCAUAAUUAUUCAAGACAAAGCCAAUGCAGCAAAGAAGCUGAAAAGAAUUUUACAAACCUUGGUGAAAUCAAGGAAAUUUAAUGCAACUGAAUGUGACGCUGUUAUUUUUGAAUUUGUUACAUUUAUUGAGCAGUCGGCAGUCAAUGGAUCACUGUCUGCUUUUUCAAGGGAAACAGACAGACUUGAUUCAUUUUACCAUGACCUGUUAUCAGGCAGAAAUGAGUUUCAAAAUGUUUGGAGUGUUGUUCAAAUGUUAUUAAUGUUGUCCCAUGGACAAGCAACUGUUGAAAGGGGUUUUUCGGUAAAUAAAGAAAUGGAAGAAUAUAACAUGGCUGAAAGAACUCUAAUAUCACGAAGAGUAAUAGUUGAUCAUAUAAGAAAUCAGGGUGGGGUAGACAACAUUGAGAUAACACCAAAGAUGUUAACCAGUGCUAGCAGUGCCCACAGUAGAUAUAUGUUGUAUUUAGACAGUCAGAAGGAGAAGACUGAACAACACACAAAAAAAGCAAUAAACAAAAAUUAUUUGAAAGUGAACUGCAGACCCUAA